UGUCAUGUGACUAUCUUCCGCAUGCAGCAGCCAAAGCAGUUUUUUGGAGUGCUGCAAUGGAGCUACCAGGAAGGCUAGUAAAUCUUUUUUUAUUCCUGUCUACUUUAUGGAAUGUCGGUUGUUUGCAGGACAGUGGUAUGCUCUUUCCUCAAGAGUCGUCGUCGCGAGAAAUUAAAGAGUUGAACGGUCUUUGGAACUUCCGAGCAGACAUGUCGCCUAGCAGGAACGUGGGCUUCGAACAGGAGUGGUACAAAAGUCGCCUUGCAGAGACUGGUCCUGUGAUUGACAUGCCAGUACCCGCCAGCUACAAUGACAUCACACAGGACCCACGACUGCGGGACUUCAUUGGCUGGGUCUGGUAUGAGAGGGAGGUGUUGGUUCCGUCACGUUGGGUGUCUGACGCGAGGACCAGAAUCGUGCUGAGGGUUGGGAGUGCCCACUACUACUCAGUGGUGUGGGUGAAUGGGGUCAAAGUGACGGAGCACAACGGCGGCCAUCUUCCCUUCGAGGCCGAGAUAGGCGAGGUCCUCCGUAAGGGGCCAGACGCGGCCUGCCGGAUCACCGUAGCGGUAAACAACACUUUGACCCUCCAGACUCUCCCCCCGGGGACGAUCCAACACAUCGACGACCCCUCCAGAUAUCCUGCUGGCUAUGUUGUGCAAAACACCAACUUUGACUUCUUCAACUAUGCUGGUUUGCAUCGUCCAGUGCUGUUGUACACCACUCCUAAGGUGUAUGUGGACGACAUCACAGUCAUGACAACCUUCGCUGACAACGUUGGUCUAGUCUCCUAUGAAGUGUCAGCGCUGGGCAGUCCCACCCCCAUGAUGCUGGUCACACUCUCGGACAAAGAUGGCCGCUGUGUGGCUUCCUCCACUGGACCCUCUGGGGUCCUCAAAGUGACCGACGUCAACCUGUGGUGGCCCUAUCUAAUGCAUGAGAACCCAGGUUAUCUUUAUUCAUUGGAGGUUCGCAUGACGUCGGGUAGUGAGGGUUCCGUCUACGAGGAUGUUUACUCUCUGGCCGUUGGCAUCCGUACCGUACAGGUCACCAGCACACAGUUCCUCAUCAACAACAAGCCCUUCUAUUUCCAUGGAGUCAACAAACACGAGGACGCUGACAUACGAGGCAAGGGCCUGGACUGGCCCCUGAUUGUGAAGGACUUCAACCUGCUGAAGUGGCUGGGGGCCAACUCGUUCCGGACCAGCCACUACCCCUACGCUGAGGAGAUCUUGCAGAUGGCCGACCGUCACGGCAUUGUGGUCAUCGACGAGUGUCCCGGCGUGGGCAUCAAAGACAUACGUAGUUUUGGGAACGCCUCUCUGACGCAUCACCUGGCAGUCAUGGACGAACUGGUCAGGAGGGACAAGAACCACCCCUCUGUGGUCAUGUGGUCUGUAGCCAAUGAGCCGGCAGCUGAGAUGCCCCCUGCUGAAUUCUAUUUCAAGACACUUAUAGGUCAUACCAAAUCUCUGGAUGCCACUCGUCCCGUCACCUUCAUCACUGACAGUAACUUCAACAGGGACAAAGGGGCUCCCUACGUGGAUGUUAUCUGUGUGAACAGUUACUUCUCCUGGUACCAUGACCCGGGUCACCUGGAGGUCAUCCCCUUCCAGCUCAACACCCAGUUUGAGAACUGGUACGGGAAGUACAAGAAACCCAUCAUCCAGAGUGAAUAUGGAGCCGACGUGGUUCCUGGGCUUCACACUGAUCCUCCCAUGAUGUUCACCGAGGAGUACCAGAAGAUCGUCUUACAGAACUACCAUGAUGUUUUUGACCAGAAGAGGAAGGAAUAUGUCAUUGGAGAGCUCAUCUGGAACUUUGCUGAUUUCAUGACAGCACAAACGGUGACCCGUGUGGUCGGAAACAAGAAAGGCAUCUUCAGCCGGCAGAGGCAGCCCAAAGCUGGGGCCUUCCUCUUGAGGGAGAGGUACUGGAGGUUGGCCAAUGAGACAGGCCUGCUUCCAAGCUGGGCCAGAUACCCGUGCUAUCUGCCCAAGUACCCAUGAUGCACCAUGGCGGUCGUAUUCUUUAGCCCACAAAACUACGAUUUGGACCACAGCACAUUAUCAACCUCAACGGUCUAACUCUUUAAUUUAGGGAUCAACCCAUUUUUAUACAUGAAUAUGAAUAGAAUGCGGUUCCAUGUCAGUGUAAAUGAAUAGGAAGUUGAUUUGAUUAAAGUACUGUAUCCAAUGUG